AUGGAAGGACAGGAGCACGCGGACUGGACCGGCGGCUGCUACUAUGAGACGGAGUGUUACCCCGCAGCGGCCAGCAUCGUGACGUCCGUGAGCGGCUACAUGAGCGCGCCUGUGGCUGGCACCUGUCACGUGAACGCGCACUAUGGAAACCCGGUCGGGUUCGGUCCCUCGCAGAGCUCCGGGGCAGCGGGGGCCAGCAUAAGCCCCUUCUGCGCGCCGCCUCCGCAGGGGAACGGUUCGGCGUACGAACCGACCUGCAGCAUCAGAACCAGGGAGUCCAAACCGUACCGGCGGAGCUACACGCACGCCAAGCCCCCGUACUCGUACAUCUCUCUGAUCACCAUGGCGAUCCAGCAGUCGGACAACAAGAUGCUGACGCUGAAUGAGAUCUACCAGUGGAUCAUGGACCUGUUCCCGUUCUACCGGCAGAACCAGCAGCGCUGGCAGAACUCCAUCCGGCACUCUCUCUCCUUCAACGACUGCUUCAUCAAGGUCCCGCGCUCCUCGGACAAACCCGGGAAGGGCUCCUUCUGGGCCCUGCACCCGGACUCGGGGAACAUGUUCGAGAACGGCUGCUACCUCCGGCGCCAGAAGCGCUUCAAGUGCAAAAACAGGUCCGGCGGCGGGGACGGGGAGCCGGCGGCGAAUGCGGGCUCCGAGGGCGGUUCCGGUUCCGACCCUCCAACUCCGUCCUCCUCUCCUCCAUCCACGGAUCCCAAGGACCUGAAGGCCCCCUCCCCGCCCCCGCUGUCCCAUCAUCACCUCCCCAUCCACCUGAAGUCAGACCUGUACCACCCCAGCUACCCUUUCAACCACCCAUUCUCCAUCAACAACAUCAUGUCCGAGCCGCAGCUCCACAAAACAGAACCCAUGGUUCAGUAUGGGGCUUUUGGGUGCCCGGUGUCCGGGACACUGAUGGGGGCCAAAAGUGGCCUGGAUGUCAGCCACCCCGAUACCAACUACUACCACGGCCUGUACAGUAGAUCCAUCAUGAACCCCUGA